AUGUCUGUCUUUGACAACAACAACAACAGCAACAACGUCAUUGUUAAAAAGAUGAAGAAGAGGAAAUCGAGGGAGGUUGAUGAGGCGGAGGAUGUAGAGAAAGUGGAGGAAGUGGAGGAGGUAGAGGAGGUAGUCGAGGUCGCCCCCAUCAAGAAGAAGAAGGUCAUUGUCAAGGCAGCCACUUCCACAUUGAUAACAGGUCGCACAUUAGUUGAUUAUUCAAACCCAUUUGGAUUGUUACCAGAUGACACUGAUGGAGACAAUGAGGAUGCAAUCAAGAAUUCAAAGAAGCUAAAGGCAACUAUUGAGAGUGUGUUCACAUCAUCAACCACGACGACAACGACAACAGAGCGAAGAGAGAUAUUCAAAGAGUAUUCAGAGGUCUAUGGAGAGCAGGCCAAACUAGGUGUGGAGAUUGCAAACAAGAGUAGAUACGCGACGAUAAGAGACAUUCAACAUUAUAUCAAAUGGUUGUUGUCAGACUUUGCAGAGACGACGCCCAACUGGAUCUUCACCAAGAACAAACCAUUGCUACAAAAGUUGGUCGUCGUAGUGGUGCCAGCAAUCGAUGACCUGCUGUACGAGAAGGUCUGUCUGCUCUCAGGCAAAGAAUGGUUCACAGAUAAGCUGCCACACUCAUCCACAAUGAAGAUACACACUGUUGUGCCCAGCAAACCUCCCUCACAAUCACUCUACGAGCAUCUGUUCACUGUCAAGACUUUGGUGGCCAAGGAAAAGAGACAGGGUGGCUCCAAUGGCAAGGUGUUGCCAGCAUCUGGAUACCUUCUUGCCGACGACGAACUCAUUGAGAAUGGGUACCCUCAAUCCAAAGACUGUACAGCCUCACCAUGGGCACGCGCUGUCCUUGGCAAAGACAAUGAUCCAUUCAAUCUCCUUGCUGUCGAUUGUGAAAUGUGUGUCACAACAACUGGAAAAGAACUGACACGCAUUAGUAUAGUGGAUGAGAAUAACACGGUAUUGAUGGACGAGUAUGUAAAGCCAGACAAUCCAAUCACAGACUAUGUUACACGCUUUAGUGGUAUCUCAGAGGAAACACUGAGGGACGUGACGACAACACUGAAUGAUAUUCAAGUCAAGCUGAAACAUCUGAUUAAGAAGAACACAAUCCUGAUUGGACACUCAUUGGAGAAUGACCUCAAUGCGAUGAAGUUCUACCAUCCCCACAUCAUUGACACCUCUGUCUGUUUCCCCACUGGCAAUCACACCAAGUUCCCCCUGCGCGUGCUGGUCAAGAGGCAUCUGGGUCGCGUGAUCCAGGCAGGCAACGAUGGUCACAACUCAAUAGAGGACGCCAAGGCCGUCAUGGACCUGGUCAAGCUCAAGAUCGAAAAGGGCAAGGACUAUGGCACAUCGCUCGAGCACAACGAGAACCUGUUCAGCAUUCUACACAAGUAUAACAAGCGAGCGACCAUGAUCGAUACGAUCGAGGAGAUCACACAGCACUCGACCAACGUGGUGUCGUGCGUUAAGUGCAACACCAAGAGCGAGGUGGCAGAGCGCGCCAUGAAGGAGCUGCGGGGCUCCAGCGACUUUAUCAUCUUUAAGCUCUAUCAAUUGGCCGAUCACUACAAGGCUGUGGAGAAGUUGUCAUCGGAGGAAUCGCAGCAGCUAGAGCAGCAACUCAUUCAAUCGAUCAAUGACGACACAUCGAGCGAGGGCAAGGCAAAGAAGCAGAUCAUGAAGGAGCUGAGCAAGUGGGACGGAACCAUACCCGUCAACAAGCCAGUGUUUGAUGUGUUCCAGACCAUCGACGAUCAGCUGACCAAGAUAUACGAUCAAAUGACGUCCAACUCAAUGUUGAUGGUCCUGUUUGGUCCAGGAGCAUUCAAUUGUAUCAAUCGGUUCCAGAACGAUCCAGACAAGGCUGAGGACUAUGUGCUCGCCGUCGAAACUGCCAAGCUAGGAAUGGUCAAGAUAGGUAUCAAAUAA